AUGGCUACUACCGCUGCUGCCACUGCUGCUCCUACUGGGGUUCCUACCAGUACUCUUUCACAGUCUGGGGUAUUAGGAGGCAGGAAUCCGUUUAUAUAUUCAUCAUCAGAUCCAUUGGCAUUGUUCAUUGUUCAGUCGUUUAUUAUUAUUACUUUGAGUAGAUUGCUUCACUGGCCAUUGUCGUAUCUAAAACAACCUCGAGUAAUUGCUGAGGUUAUUACAGGGAUCAUAUUGGGGCCAUCAGUCAUGGGUCAUGUGCCUAAUUUCACAAACACAAUCUUUCCUACUGCUUCAAUUCCUAAUAUUACCGUCGUUGCCAAUCUUGGCUUGAUCAUGUUCUUAUUUAUUGUCGGUCUUGAAGUUGACCUUGGAUAUGUCAGAAAAAAUCUGUAUAUCGCUUUGACAGUUGGUGCUCUAGGAAUGUUAAUUCCAUUCGGUCUUGGAUUUGUAGUUGCUAUUGGUAUCUACAAUCAUGAAGCAGGAGGUGCUCAUGUAGUCAACUUCGGUGUGUACUCGCUCUUCGUGGCUGUAGCUCUCUCAAUUACCGCUCUACCUGUAUUAGCCCGGAUAUUGACCGAGCUCAGACUGUUGCGUGACCGUGUUGGUGUGAUUGUUCUAUCGGCAGGUAUUGCUAACGAUCUUGUGGGCUGGAUCCUACUUGCCCUUACUAUCACAUUGGCCAAUUCGACCAAAAAAGGUAUCAAUGCCCUCUAUAUUGUGCUGCUAGUGGUAGCUUGGUUUUUACUUCUCUAUUUCGGUGUGAGAAAACUAUUGACUCUUUACUUGCGCAAAUCAGGUGGCUUUGAAAGAGGACCCUCGCAAUUUGACGUGUGUGCUAUUCUGAUUCUUGUGCUUGUGUCUUCAUUUUAUACUGAUAUUAUCGGAGUACACCCUAUUUUUGGUGCUUUCAUUGUGGGAGUCAUUAUCCCAAGAGAAAACGAUUUUGUGGUUAAACUUACUGAGAAAAUUGAAGACUUUGUUACUGUUAUUCUAAUUCCACAAUAUUUUGCCUUGGCUGGUCUGAGUGCAAAUAUCGGUCUCCUCAACGACGGCAAAUCUUGGGGUUACGUUAUUGCCAUUAUUGCCAUUGCCUUUAUUGGCAAGGUGACUGGUGGUACCCUUGGUAGUAGACUAAAUGGUUUGAAAUGGCAAGAAUCGCUCACUGUAGGUGUUUUGAUGUCUUGUAAAGGUAUUGUUGAGAUUGUCGUGCUUACCACUGGUUUGAAUGCCCACAUUAUCAGCGCCAAGGUCUUCACCAUGUUUAUUGUCAUGACUUUGGUGACAACCUUUUUAACUACGCCUUUGACUAUGCUUGUUUACCCAGUAUCUUAUCGCCAAAAGCUUGCCAGAGCCCGUAGUUUGGAGAGGCGACAUAACUUGUCGGUCAACGGUUCCACUAUCCCGUCAUCACGUAUUGCCAAGAUCAUUGCUCAUAUUAGGGAUGCUGAAGCCAUUUCUGUGCUUAUGACACUUGUCCAACUAUUUUCCAAUGAUGAUGCUCGUACAGAACAGCUAAAGAUUCACGGAGUCAGACUUUGUGAGUUAUCACAAAGACCAUCGAAUUUGAUACAAGUUACUUCUGAUACUCAGUCAGAUAUUAAGAAUGAUUCGCUUCUUAGCGUGGUAAGCGCAUUUAGUCAAAUUCAUAACGUUCUCUUUUCGGGUGAUCUGGCAUAUAUAACCGAAGGAGACCAGGCAUCUUACAUUGUCAAUCGCCAUACGGACUUGAACGAUCUUAUUCUCCUCACACUUGACCAAACAGUGACGAGAACAGAGUCUCCUGAUGGCGUCAUCACAGCUUCUGGCGCCUGGAAUACUACUCAAUAUCCUCCAUACUUUCACGAAGUAUUUGGCCACCCUACAGGAUGUAACCUUGGCUUGUUUAUUGAUCGCGGUAUUAGCGUUCCAGUUACUUCUGAAGAAAGCAAAUCGUGGUCGUCGAGGUCUGUUAGUCGUCGUAUUCAUGCUAUCAUUUCCAGUACCGAGCCCAAUGAUAAGCUUACGCUCCACAUUGCCUUGCAGCUGACUGAGAGUCCAUUUGUGCAAUUGACUGUUGAUGUCAUUCACCCUCCAUCAAAAGAUGGACACAAUGGUGGUGAUGAUGAUGCCACGAUAAAUAGCUCGGAAUCUUGGGACUACGUGACCCAAGUCGUUGAUGCAUACUCGAGUGCCGAGUUUCGGUCAAGAGUCAAGCUGUUACAUUCUUCUCAAGAAGAUCUUAGGUCGAACAUUAACAAUAGCUUCAGCGGUGAACCAUUGACUCGCGAUAUUGUUAUCAUAGCUAGCUAUACCCAACACAACAGCAGAUCUGAGGGUGAAUUCCUUGGCUCUAUUACUCAAACUAUCAUUUCUGAUGAGUCGCUCAAGUCUUCGAUCUUUAUUUGCCAACAGAACUAG